GUAUCGAAAAACCGCCAGGAUUUAUUUGUCAACAUGUUGAGGUUAUGCACUUAGCGCUGAGUGUGUAGGAAUGUGCCGGGUCCUGCGAUGAUAAUUGGCCUGUUAACUACUUAUACCGGCCGAUCUAUUUUUCCCGCCCCGGAUUGCCUCUUAAAUGUAUCUAAAAUUUAUAUCUCUCCUAGUGCAGAAGGACAGGCGGACAGAGAGAGAGAAGAGAGAGAGAGAGAGAGAGAGAGCAAUUAAUCGAGAAGAACAUCUUCCAGAAAACCGUCAAAGACAGAAAGUGCCAUCCGCAUUCUACGAUGGCGGACGAUUCGGCGAGCCAGACUCAUACCGAGUCUCAGAGAUACCUUUCCACUCGGGGUGGUGAUUACGGCCUCUCGUUCGAGACCAUCGUCCUCAAGGGGCUCGCUGCCGAUGGCGGCCUUUUCUUGCCCCACGAAGUCCCCGUUGCGGCAGACUGGGCAAGUUGGAAAGACCUCUCCUACACGGAGCUGGCCCUCCGGAUCUUUAGCCUGUACAUAUCGACCUCGGAGAUCCCGUCAGAUGAUCUCAAGGCCAUCAUCGACCGGAGCUACUCGACAUUCCGCGCCGAGGAUGUCGCGCCGUUGAUACGCCUGAAGGGGGACAAUCUGUAUCUCCUCGAGCUGUUCCACGGCCCGAGCUACUCCUUCAAAGACUGCGCUCUACAGUUCUUAGGAAACCUGUUCGAAUACUUCCUCGUGCGGAAGAACCGCGGGAAACAGGGGAAAGACAGGCACCACCUGACGGUCGUGGGCGCGACGAGUGGCGAUACCGGUUCCGCGGCCAUUUACGGCCUCAGGGGCAAGGCGGACGUGUCAGUAGUCAUUUUGCACCCGAAGGAUCGUGUCAGUCCCAUCCAAGAGGCGCAGAUGACGGCUUGCCUCGACGCAAAUGUCUACAAUCUCGCCGUGACGGGGACCUUUGAUGAUUGCCAGGACAUUGUCAAGGCGUUGUUUGGUGAUCCGGAUACGAACGAAGCUCUGAAGCUCGGUGCUGUCAACUCGAUCAACUUCUCGAGGAUACUCGCCCAAAUCGUCUAUUACUUCUACUCGUACUUUUCCCUAGUGAAACAGUCACCCACCGUUAAGCUUGGCGACCCCGUGCGUUUUGUCGUACCGACCGGUAACUUCGGAGAUAUUCUGGCUGGCUACUUUGCGUAUCGCAUGGGUCUGCCGGUAGACAAGCUCGUGAUUGCAACCAACGAGAACGACAUCCUCGAUCGAUUCUGGAAGACGGGACGAUACGAGAAGAAGCCCGCACAAGCUCAAGAGGCCGAAGGUGGCUUGGCCGUAGACGGGGCGAAGGCUCACGAGGGCGGCGUGCGAGAAACGCUCAGUCCGGCGAUGGAUAUCCUCGUGUCCAGCAAUUUCGAGCGGCUCCUGUGGUUCCUAGCGCACGCAUUCGCAAGCACGGUCGGGUUAGACGAGGAAUUCACCAGGAAGCAGGCGGGCCAGGAAGUUGGCGCCUGGUUCCGAGACCUGAAGACCAAGGGCGGCUUCGGCCCGGUGCAGCAGGACAUCAUGGACGACGCGCGGCGGUCGUUCGAGAGCGAAAAGGUCAGCGAUGAACGGACCGUCGCGACCAUCAGAGCCCUCUACCGCGACACCGGGUACGUCCUGGACCCGCACUCCGCCGUCGGCGUCACGGCGGCGCUCGGGUCCCUGGAGCGGACCGGGUCGAAGAUCCCGCACAUCUCCCUCUCGACCGCCCACCCGGCCAAGUUCGCGGGCGCCAUCGAGCUCGCCCUCAAGGACGAGGAGAAGUUCCGGUUCGAGAGCGUGCUGCCGCAGGAGUUUGCCGAGCUCGAGAAGCGAGCCAAGCGCGUCGCCACCGUCAGCAACGACUGGAAGGCUGUCCGCGAGCUGAUCAAGGCCCAAGUCGCGAAGGAGCGGGAAGCUUAGGCCGGCUGACGCUAGCCAGUAUCGGACCGAAACAGCGGUUCUCUCAGCAUCACGGUUUCUUCGCGAAGAGUAGAGUGCGCGAGGGGCGGCCGCGAGGGUGUUUCAGUGCCAUGCUUUUUCUACCUAAUUUUCUUUUUCUUCUACGCCGUGCCCUCUGCUCGGAGACGCUUCGGAUCGGGGCCAGGACCAUAUCCCAUAGAGCAACCUAAUCCUGGAAUGCCUAUCCAAAUCAUCAAAGUUGCCAAGUGGUAAGCCUAGCUACGCAAGAGCGAGUGGCUGGCCGGGUACAAGUAUAGUGGAUGGGGGGGCAUUCGGAAUAGGGUCGGCGUCACAUUAAAUUCGGUUGUCAAAAAAGUCGCACAGACUGGUAUAUAGCAGACAUACAGACACACGGAUAGACGGACAAGACGAGACGUGAUUUACGAAAAAAAGAACACGAAAUUGCUGUGAUACAUACGGAAACCAGUAGUAUCU